AUGCCCAGGACAUUGCCCUGGCUUCGCGCCGAGGGUAGCAUCCCUGUGAAAAAAGAGUCAACACCGCGGAAGCGCGUGAAGACGGGACCCAGUCCUGAUCGCGACCUCACUCCUAAAAACCCUCGAGUUUCUCCCCCGAGGCGGGAUUUCUUCAGAUCCUCCCAAAGCCCGCCAACCUCUCCUAUCAAACGCUGUCCCUCCGAAGAAUUUUUGAUUGCAGGGAUUCAACGUGAUGAUGGCUGGGUCAUGGUUGAAGACGAGUUCUACGCUGUCGCGCAAACAUUUACUCAACAUUUACAUCAUGCGGAGUACCUGCGACGGCGAAAGCAAGUGAAAGCCGAAAAUGCAGCCGGAAUAAGAGAAAUUGAGAGGCCUACAGACGGCCGUACCCCACUGCCCAAUGAACUUGAGCGUAAAAGAGAAGCCGAGGCGCUGAGGGAGCGACAAAAAGCCGGACUCGCGCAGAUAGGAGUCGACGAGAAAGAUGAGAAUGAAGAUGAUGAGAGAUGGGCUGGAACACAUCUUCACGAUCUCAUGACCAGCCCACGAAAAACACGAUCCUUAGCGGGAGCUCACGCGCCCAAAUCCUCUACUAGAGCUGCUGCGGGCUUUGGACAGGCGCCUACUUUAGGUACUGGACGAGCCCGGGUUAACAGCAUCGGGAGUGUCACGGCACCAUCAAGAGCACCAGAAGUUCCAAGCAUUGAACUGGAUGAAGAGACGGCCUCGGGCUCGGAUGACAAUGACGAUGACAAUCUUGACCUAGAAACCCCGCCAGUCGUGCUACCACCGCCCAGAAGAACAAAUGCCACUCUACGAAAAAGUCAGGCUCACGAUCAGACGACACCACGAGCCCAGAAACAAGUAAAAAUACAAAGCACGUCUACGUCAAAACCGAAAGCGAAGCCGCCACAUGGGCGACCCAGUCCAGCGAACGCGUAUAAAUCACGGGUUCAAUCGCUUUUUGAUGACCUCGAUGAACUACCAGAGUCAUCUCGGAUAAAUAAAUCUACCUCUAUUAAGUCCAGGGAACCUCCUGCAAGACAAUCGCCUGUAACGGGCGGAGGAAACAAUUUAGACGCAAAAAAAUCCCGCCACAAUGAAGUGCCCACCUUCUUGGUCUGA